AAGCCUUAUAAUAAAAUUCUCAUUAAAUCGCCAACGUCACUGAACGAAUUGAUAUUUAGAAGUAUUCUCCACAUCCAAAUAUUAUUACUCCAAACGCCGAAUGGAUUGCCGUAGAUUUCGAUAAAGCCAUGAAAAUAUAAACUUUAAAGCUAUUCUCAGAGAGUUUAUCUUCAAUAACCUAUCCUGCAAUACUCAACACAGUAAUAAACCGGUGGGCCGACUUUACUAGUGUGAGUGCUGUCCCCCCGAAUGGGGAACGACACACUCGCACAAUAUAAAGCCUGGUUCAGAGAACGUGGAAUAUUCGCGACUCACUAGCGAUUAUUUCAUCUAAUGUACUAUGUAAUAUCUACUACUACUAGACUAAUGGCCGAUUCCAAUAACGUAUCCUCAGUAACCGAUAUCUUGUUAUGAACGAUAAAUAGUAGACUUCUAUCUAUCCUUAUUUUGCGUUCCACAUGUGACGAUAACGUCUAUCGAGACAUCGACAUCUGUAGAUAAGCUCAACUAUCCAGCCCUCCCAAACGUUUUGUUACUACAAAAGCUACAAAAAAAGCAACGUCGAAACAAAUAUUAUUUCAUAUAACUUUUCUAUAAAACAAUACAAAUUGAUCGAAUUUAAGCAUUGGAUAUAUCUUUAUGCUAAAAUAUUUUUUUCUUCAUAGUUAUGUUUCAUUGUCAUUAUUUUAUCAAACAAAUAUUUGGCGCAUAAAACGGAAGUACGAAACGUAGUCAAGUGUCAAUUUAACUAUUCAAGUUUGAAGUUUCAAAUUUUCAACCGUCAACGCUACCGCUCCUAUUGUUGUGAUAUCAAGUUUUUUUUACAUUAUAAUGAGCACUGUAAGUAUUACCAGACAUUAUUAUAUACGUGCCUAUACAAGUGACGGAGGCUUUUUAGUAAAUUACCCACGAAAUUAUCUUGCAAACUAAAUAAACCUCGGAACAAUAUUUUUUUGUCUUUCUUUACAUAUAAUUAGGAUCAACACUGUAUUUAAUAUUUGUUUGGUUUUCAGACAAAAGGUCCUUUAGCUAAAGAUGAGGUGGCCUUGCUAAUUGACCUUAUUGAAGCUAAUAAGGUGAUUACAAGCAAGGCUACAAACGCUGCCAAUAAUCAGCUUAAAGAAGCUGCCUGGACUAAAAUUACAGGAGCAUUCAAUGCAUCUGUAUCAAGUUACCCGCGAAGAACAGAGCAACUUAAAUUGAAAUGGGAGAAUUUAAAAAAAACUGCUCGUAAAAGAUCUACCAAAAUUAGGAUGAACCAAAUUAAGGUAGUCAUUUCGUCCUUACUCUUGUGUAUUUUUAUAUACAUAGAUGACAUCUAGGUAUAUAAAAAUGAAUCAACACAUUGUGUUAAUAAUAUAAUGUAUCUACACUUGCAGACAGGUGGUGGCAAGCCAGAAUACAUUCCACCAGAUGAUGCACUGGACAGAGUGGCAUCCAUUUUAGGUGCAACAUGUGAGGGUUACACUGUAUCAUUUGGAGGAGAUGCUGAGGUGACGGUAGAUUCCGAGGUGACGGUAGAUUCCGAGGUUUUGAAUGAUGGUGGUGUCGAAAAUGAGAUUGAAUCAUCAGGGAAUAUCCAACAGCUGGUUGUGACAAGUCCGAAACCAAAGAAAUUCUUUUUUAAAUCUCCCAGUGGCAAGAAUAUUAAUAAAGAAAAACGUAGGCUACUGGAUGAUGACAUAAGGACUCGAGCUGCACGAAAUCAAGCUAUUGCUGAUUAUUAUAUUACUAAAAAGAAGAAAUUAGAAUUAGAAAUAGAACACAUGGAAUUAACAAAUAAAAAGUUAAAAUUAGACUUAGAGCAAAAUAAAGAAGUAUUAAAAUAAAGUUUUGUUUUUCUUUAUUGAAUGAACUUACAAUUACACUUCAAUUCACAGUUAUUCACUCAAAUCAAAUCUGGAACAAAUAAAAUAUACCUAACAUUAAUCAUGUAUGUGUCAUCAUGCAUGCAGUUAUUGAAAUGAAAGACAUGGGAUCACAAAUAACUUACUCUCCAAAGUAAUUGUUUAUCAAGUCUUGUCGCUCAUCAAUAUUAUUGUCACUAGGUUCAUGUAACACCA